AUGCGCUAUGCUUAUGACAACUGAGUCAACGAAGGAGGGAAAAUAACCGUUGCAUUUCCUGUAAAUUCUUGAGUGAAAAAAACAAUUUGCACCGAAUGAAUUUUGUGAUUUUCUGAAAGAAAAUUUCCUUCGACUGGUUUCGCAAGUGAGCAGAAUUAAACAUUGUUGCCGAAAAAUGAUAUCUAGUGACAGUGGACAAGAGUCGCAGGAGUUGCUGUGCACUCCUCGGCGAUCACAAAAACGUUUCUUUGGAAAUUCUGGAAGUAUCAUAAAACGCAGCCUUUUCCAGCAGGAAUAUCACGGAAAAGAAAAUGACAUAAACUCAGGAGAUGAAUCAGAUUUGGGACCGAUGUCACCACUGGCUCUAACAAAUGGGAGUCCUAGCAGCACAAGCAGUUCUCCAGGUCGUCAAUUCGUCUCACCUCUAGCAACCCCCGAAGGUUCGCCUCAAAUUCCUGUCAUGAAAGCUACCUGGGAUCGUCUCAUACCCGGCUCGCUACUUUCCGAGAAGCGUAUCUCUCCAUUCAGCACACUAAAACAUUUGACACGAAAAGCUCGAUCAUCACCAAGGCGAAAAAUUUUCCCCGAUUCCCCCAAGUCAACCGGCUCGCCGAGAAGAUUCGUCAACUCUCCACUGUGUACCGACGAAUUAAUUCCCGAAACUCCUCUGAGAAGCGGAAGCGAGCAGAAUGAAAAUCACGUAGAGGAGACGCCACAGAAAGAGUUCACGGAACAGAGAAUGAUCACGCCUUUAGGCUCGGUGAACAAGGACGUUUCAUUGCCACGUCUCCAUCGUCGGAAGACUCUCGGCUCUUUUGACAUUGACGAGAUUUCUCCGGAGAAGACGGGAAUAUCAGCCAAGAGACACAUAAACGAUUCAAACGUCGUGGGAUCAAAAUUGCAAAAAACCGAUGAGGCUUGUUCAAUUCCAAAAGCAAGGGCAUCACUCUUUCAAGACAAUCAAAACACCAGCAUGACUGUCGACACGAAAUCAUUCUACGGCAGUGGACGAAGGGAUCGUCUCAAUGCCUUUGGAAUCGAUUGGAAGCAAUACGACGAGUCGAAAAAACGACGCAGUCUCCCGAAUCCACGAUCACACAGAAGAUCGAGAAAAACUGAAAUGAAUUCCGGCGUUUCUCACGGUAUAAAGAAGCCGAGGGCGAAAAAACACGUGUCACGAAUAGAAUCUUUCAAGAAGAAGGAAGAAAUUAUUUCUAAUUGGAAUAAUCGCGCCGAGGCAAAAAUUACAAAGGUGGAACCGGCAAAAUCGAUUCCGAAGACCAAGGGAGAUUCAAACAAACAAUUAAAAGUAAAUUUCGAUUUCUGGAAUAAAGAACAGGAACCAAAGAAAACUGAUGCUGUGAUAGAUCCCACGAAACGUUUCUUCAAGACUGUCCGACAGAAGAGAGCACGAGUCGCCUCCAAGUUGAACGAUUCUCUGCCGGAAAAAAAUAUUCACAAAAAGCCAAAAAUGGAUAUUUCACUUGACGCCAACGAUUUGACCGUCGAUGAACCGGAUCUUGAAACGCGCAAGAAGGACGUUGAUGACUUGUUGAAAAUUCUCGAAGACGAUUGGACCGAUGACGAGUACGAACCAAUGGAAACAGUGAUUCGGAAGCAGUUUCAGGACUCUCCCAAUUUUCAAGAUGCAAUGAUGUCGCCUGCAAGUGAAUUAAGUAACAUGACGUCAAUUAUGAAUAUUGACGACAAAGACGAGGGAAAGAAUUCCAAAAUUUUGAGUCUGAAAAGUUAUGGCAAGGCGAAAUCCGCAACAAAUCAUUCGUCAAUGAACAUUGAAGAUAACGAAACACAACAAGAAUCGCUGAUCGAAAAUCUGGAAAAAACUGAAACUGUCAAGUAUUAUCCACUUUUCACGAAAGGAUAUUCGAGUCGAGAGAAUAUUUCCAGUCCGAAAAGUAAAAAAGCGACGCUCUGUCAGUUGACGAAAGCGGGAGGUGGAUCCGAUCAGUAUCAAAUUGAUUGUGGUCAAAAGAAAUUUGGCGCGACUCAGUGCAAUGAAUGUGGAAUUGUUUAUCAAAUGGGUGAUCCACAAGAUGAGAAUGCUCAUUUGAAUUAUCACAAUAGUACGAAAACACUGAAAUUUCAAGGAUGGAAGAACGAGAGAGUCAUUUGGGAUGAUGAGGCAACGACGAGUCGAAUUAUUCUCAUUGAUCCCUAUGACAAUAAGCAACAUUGGAAGAAGGUCACGGAAAUCUUGAACGUCGUUGAUGCUGAUUUGGGCUUGGUGGAUAUGCAGUUGUCAUAUUAUCGUGACAAGAAAGUUUACCUCUACGUUAGAGAUAGAAAUGUUUUGGGCGUGCUUGUUGUCGAAUCGGUGAAAGAAGCUCAUCGAAUGAUUCCAGAACUCAUGGAUUUGGAUUGUUGCAGUUCAGAGAGCACACCAGUCAAAUGUGGUGUUAACGUUGUAUGGACGGCUUUAAGUCACCGUAGGAAGGGAAUUGCCACCCAACUGCUUGACACUCUUAGGAGAAACUACUUUUAUGGAUAUAUAAUGGCCAUUGAUGAUGUCGCAUUUUCAACACCGACACCAAGUGGAAAACUCUUUGCUUUGAAGUAUACAAAAACAGAAAAUUUCUUAGUGUACAGCUAAGCAUAAUUUUCGAAAAUUAUUUUUUAUAGCGUUAUUUUUAUCACUUGUGAAAUUUAUUUUUGCUUUUCGAAUUUUUUUCUAUGAUUCCUCCUCAAUUUUUCAAACAAGUAAAUUCAAUGUAUUGAAUUAUUAGCUAGUUAACAAAAUCAUUUCUAGUUUAUGUAUUUUUUAUUCUAAUUUUUAGUUAUCCUUAAGGACAUUUUCCAGAAAUUGGUAUGGAAAAAAUUGAUUUUUUCAUAAAAAUUUUCUUAAAAUUUUAAAAAAUGUUCCUUUAUGUAUUUAUUAACUAUGGCAAAAAUUCUAGAAUUUUAAGCCCUAUUAAAGAACGUGAUAUUCAGAUUGAAAUUUUGAACUUUUAAUAUAAUCUCAUAUAGAAGUUAAAAUUUGAAUCUGAAGAACUCUAUGUAUUUAGUAUUGCAUGGGGUUUUGAAAUUUUUACCACAAUUAAUGGAUUCAAAUUUUCUGAAAAUUUGGAGAAAGUCGAUUUUUUCAAUAAUAGUAACUGGUAAACAUUCUUAAAAACUUGAAAGAAUAUUCGAUUCUUUGACAAUGUCAUAUUGUCUUCAAUUUUACAAAAAAAAGGGAAACAAUUAAUUUUCUCUUGCAAUUUAGAAAAUUUUAAGUAUUCUAGACUAACAAAACAAAAAAGAAAAAGAAGAUUAUAACAAAUACAUUUGUUGCUAUUUCAUAAAGUUAUGAUAAUUGUAUAAUCAUCAGCUUGAAUAAAUUAAAGAUUAAUUUUUUAAAUUUA